AUGCCAACACUGGAGCAGCUGCGUCUACGGGGCAAUAUGUUGACAGGAGAUAUUCCUGAGCAAUUGUGUUGGCUUUCUGAUCUCCACAUUUUGGAUCUUGCAGUGAACAAUUUAUCAGGAUCCAUCCCACAAUGCGUAGGCAAUUUAACUGCUUUAAGUUUUGUGACCUUAUUAGACAAAAAUUUUGACGACCCCAGUGGUCGUGCCGCCUAUUCGGAGCGCAUGGAGCUAGUUGUAAAGGGACAAAAUAUGGAAUUUGAUAGCAUAUUGCCAAUUGUGAAGUUGAUAGAUCUUUCUAGCAAUAACAUUUGGGGAGAGAUCCCAAAAGAGAUCACAAAUCUCUCGACCCUGGGUACCUUGAAUUUGUCCCGAAACCAGUUGACUGGAAAGAUACCUGAGAAGAUUGGAGCCAUGCAAGGGCUAGAAACUCUUGACCUCUCAUGCAAUUGCCUGUCAGGCCCAAUUCCUCCGAGCAUGUCUUCUAUAACCUCAUUGAACCAUUUGAACCUAUCGCAUAACCGCCUGUCAGGACCAAUUCCAACAACCAACCAGUUCUCGACAUUCAACGAUCCAUCCAUUUAUGAGGCGAACCUGGGACUUUAUGGGCCUCCAUUGUCAACCAACUGCUCCACCAACUGCUCCACUUUAAAUGAUCAAGAUCACAAAGAUGAGGAGGAAGAUGAAGAUGAAUGGGACAUGUCAUGGUUCUUCAUAAGCAUGGGAUUGGGCUUUCCGGUGGGAUUUUGGGCUGUAUGUGGCAGUUUGGUUCUAAAGAAGUCUUGGAGGCAGGCAUAUUUCCGGUUCAUUGAUGAAACCAGAGAUAGGCUAUAUGUCUUCACUGCAGUGAAUGCGGCUUGUCUGAAAAGGAAGAUGGAAGCAAAUGGAGUUCAUGGCUAAAAAGCUCUUUUGCAGAGGGUGAUAAGGUUUCAAAAUAACAAACAUCAUACAAAAAGAAGAUUGAAUACAAUGAUGAAUUCUUAGUGGUAAUGAAGAUUUCUUUGGCACGAGUGUUUGAGAACUUAUCUUUGAAAUGUUGGCAAGCAAUUAUUUUUCUUUAGGUAGGUUUGUUAUUUGUAAACUGUCAUUUAAGUAAGAAAAGUUGUAAUAUUAAGUUGGAUA